ACCCAAGCUGAAAGUAAACACCGUCCCGGGAUACACACUACGGUCCGAGGAGCUCGAAAAUACACUUGAGAUUCAUCAUUCGCUAGACCGAUUGUUUAACAUUUUAGACUCACACUAUGCCUUCCUUUCCACAAUACCUAUCAGCAAAGCAGGAAGAGGAGCUAAGGACAAUAGCUAACGCAAUAGUAGCUACUGGAAAGGGCAUCCUAGCUGCUGACGAGUCUACAGGGACAAUCGGAAAAAGGUUUGCUGCAAUAAAUGUUGAAAAUGUUGAAGAGAACAGACGGCGUUAUCGUGAGCUACUGUUUACUGCUGACAAGUCCCUCGCUAACAACAUUGGAGGAGUGAUUCUCUUCCAUGAAACAUUUUACCAGACAACAAGUAAGGGUGUCUCCAUGGUGAAGGCUCUCCAGGACAUGGGUAUAAUCCCAGGAAUCAAGGUGGACAAGGGCAUGGUACCUCUGGCAGGAACAGACGGUGAAUCAACAAUACAGGGUCUUGAUGGCCUGAGUGAGAGAUGUGCCCAAUACAAGAAAGAUGGAGCCCAGUUUGCUAAAUGGAGGUGUGUUCUGAAGAUUAGUAGCCACACCCCCUCGUAUCAGGCUAUGUUAGAAAAUGGAAAUGUUCUUGCCCGUUAUGCCAGUAUCUGUCAACAGAAUGGACUUGUGCCGAUUGUGGAGCCAGAGGUGUUAUGUGAUGGUGACCAUGACCUUGAAACAGCACAAAAAGUCACAGAGCAGGUUCUUGCUUUCACAUACAAGGCCUUAGCUGACCACCAUGUUUACCUGGAAGGUACUCUUUUAAAACCAAACAUGGUGACCGCUGGUCAGUCAUGUCCAAGGAAGUACACGGCUGAUGAUAAUGCUCGUGCAACUGUCCAAGCACUCAGUCGUACUGUGCCUGCUGCUGUUCCAGGUAUCACCUUCUUAUCUGGUGGACAGUCAGAAGUAUGUGCCACAGAAAAUCUAAAUGCCAUCAACAGAUACCCAGGACGCAAGCCUUGGGCACUUAGCUUCUCCUUCGGUCGAGCUCUCCAAGCCAGUGUCCUAAAGGCUUGGCAGGGACAAGAUAGCAACUUGGCCGAUGCUCAAGCAACGCUUCUCAAUAGGGCAAAACUGAAUGGACUGGCAGCUGUGGGGAAGUACAAUGGUGAAGAUGGGAGUGCAGCAGCCAGCGAAUCUCUGUUUGUUCCCAAACACACCUAUUAGUUAUCUCCCUUGGUUGUCUUGUUGUUGACACAAAGGGAAGUAAUUAAUGAACAUCAAAAUGUCAAAAAAAAGUUGUUAAAAUUAUUGUCAGUGUCCUUCAAAUUUUAUACAAGGAGUAACUUUGUUAUGGUGAAAAGUUAUUGAAGUAAAUUAAGAUCUCAACAAUAUACAACAGAUUUAAAAAGGUCAAAGGUCAAAGUUUGAAAAGUCACUGUCAAAGGGUGAUUACUCUAGGUACAACCAAUUACCCAUACAAUAGUGAUAAAAACUCCAUUUUCACAAAGUGCAUUCAAAGAAGUAUUGUCAUGUUUCCUAUUUCAACCAAAAAAUCCUUUAAAAUUUGUGAGAUGUGUUUAUUUUAUAUCAGCAAAUUUACUUUAAAUCUUUACAACUGUAUGUUAUGAUUGAAUUUCUCAAUGUGAACAUUUCUAACUAUUUUUAUAAGUAAAAGGGAUGUUUUAUAAUUAUUUCAUGACCUUCUUACUGUUUUUUAGUAGACUGCAGUGAUGUUCAGUGACUAGAUAUUGGACCACUGUGGUUCAUAUUUUACAGAAGAAAAAGCUAUAAAUUUGUGAUUUUUACUGUAUCUAAAAAACAUGCAUUACAUAACAAGUCCGUUAAAAUAAAAUGUUUUUUCAUGAUAUAUAUUUUUUAUCAAAAGUUUGCAACAAAAAGCCAUUAUUAUGUUUUGAAAUAUAACAUUUUGUUCAAUUCAUUUUGUGUGAUAUUUUCACUGUGAAACUAUUUCUCUUUAUAAUUUAAUUUCUUUUAAGUUACACUUUAAUAAACUUUUUAAUUUUUU